CAAAACCCCUUAUAACGGAAGUCAACGCUAAGCUGUGAAAGAAGUGGUGCGACGAUCAUAAAACCUGGACACUUGAUGAUUGGAAGAAUGUGGUAUGGUCCGAUGAAUCAUCGUUCACAUUGUUUCCUACUAACGGCCGGGUUUAUGUAUGGAGAACCCCAAAAGAAGCCUACGAUCCGGACUGCCUGCUUCCUACAGUCAAGCAUAGGGGAGGUUCCGUUAUGAUUUGGGCGGCUAUAUCGUGGUAUUCAGCUGGUCCUCUCAUUCACAUCACUGGCCGGAUUACUGCGAAUGAAUAUCUCGACAUCCUCAAUGAUGAAGUUCUUACUAUGACUAGCAUACUGCUGCCAAACACUGCCAUAUUCCAAGACGAUAAUGCGCCCAUACACACAGCCAAAAAGGUUCAGUCUUGGUUUGAGGAGCAUCAGAAUAUCAUCAAACAUCUUUCCUGGCCAGCACAAUCGCCAGACCUCAACAUAAUUGAACCGUUGUGGGGAGUUUUAGAGCAGAGAAUAAGGAGCAGAUUUCCAUCUCCAACAUCAUUAAAGCAAUUGGCGGAUGUUUUGGUACAAGAAUGGGACAACAUUCCGUCCUUAUGUGAGAAAUUUGAUCCAUCAAGAAAUAGGGUCAACGAAGUUUGGACUGGGUUUGAAGCUACCAGUGGUUUCCCGAAAGUAAUUGGAGCAAUAGACGGUACUCACAUAAAUAUUCCAGCACCUCUUAUUGAACCAGUAUCGUAUAUAAAUCGUAAGGGCCAUUAUUCUAUUCAACUGCAGGCUGUAUGUGACCAUAGAACAAAUUUUAUUCACUGUUACGUUGGACACCCAGGUUCUGUACACGAUCAACGUGUUUUUAGAUUAUCUGAGUUGCAACAGUGGUUGGGGGAUCCUGAUAAAUUUCCCCAGAACUGCCACAUCCUUGGUGAUGCUGCAUAUAAGUUACACGAAAAUGUCAUUGUUCCUUAUCGUGACAACGGACAUCUCACUAUUAGACAAAGAAACUUUAAUUUCUGUCAUUCGUCAAGCAGAAUAGCAAUUGAAAGAGCUUUCGGAUUACUGAAAACAAGAUUCCGUAGUAUAAGAACACUUCUUGCAAUGGAAAUGAACAGCAAGUCUAACAGCAAGGCUAACAGUCUUAGCAAGAACAUAUUACUUAGAACUUAUCAAUAA